CUGAGCAGAUUGAUCCUUGCUAAUUACUUGUCAACUGGCAAGAGCAAGCUCUAAAAUACAUGUUACACAGAAUGGCACAUCAUGACAUAUCUCUGUUCUUUCAGAAUAAGGAAAUGAUUUACAGAAAGAUUCCAUUAAUAGCUUUAGUGACCAUUUCAGAUAUCUGACUGAAAUUAAAGCCAGCUGCCUAUACUUUGAUGCUCUUAUUUUUAUGCAAUAGAAAGGCAAGAAAAAGGUGAAAAUAAUGUGAAAUAAUCAAAUAUUCCAGGAGGCUCUGAGUAAACAAGUUUGAAACACAGUCUAUAUUCAUCAUACACAAAAUCAGAUCAUGAAAUUGGUCUCCAAAAACUAAACUGAUUCCACGGAAAUUCCCAGGGUCUCCUUCUUUUGAUAACCACUUAAAUCCAGGAAAUGUUUGCUAUAUAAGGCUGCCAUUCAUAGCUAGGACACUUCAAUGAACAUUUUAAUUAAGUUUUAGGAGAUGAUACUUAUAUUCUAUGCUUAUUUUCUGUGCAAUUAAAUGACAAGAAAAGAUAAAAACACCUAUUACUUUUUCAAAAUUCCAUACCUGCUUCCCUGUAUUGCUACACAUGUAGCCAUCACAGAACUUUUAUCAGAGUCACAUUUAGUUUACAACUGUUCAAAAAAAAGAAGUGAGAAUUUAAAAUCCCAAGUAAGUCUUUUUUACUUUUUGGGGGAUAUUAUUUUAUUGCGUUUAAUUAGAAAUCUACAGUAUACACCUGCAUGAGCUACUGUUGACUUACUAAUACAAUGUAUUAGUAAGUCAACAGUAGCUUUAUAUACAUAAAAGCAUUCUCAAGUGGCAAUUAUAACAAUGGAUUGGACACAUUACACAUCAGCCUUGAUUUGGGGAUCUCAUAGUUUCAGCAGAGAGCUGAGAGAAGAACUGGACCGACUGAUUCAUGAAAUGACAAAGACCAUCAAGGACUCUAAGAAAGCCAACAUGGACAAGAUUCACACCGCCCACCACACGGUCAAGCGGCGUCACUCCCAGCUCAACAGCCUGAUCAAACAGGCCAAGGCUGAGAUCAACAGAAACAACAUCCAUAACGUGCUCAGUCUGUACAACAACAUCAACGACGCCAUCGACGGCUACAACACAAACAGCCAGGACACCCAAAUUGACUUCCAGUACUACAAAUUCAUAGCUGGCGAACUCCGUAAGGAAAACUUGGAGGAAAUGUUUGGGAAACUGGAAGCAGAGGUGAAAAAAUCAAACCAGGAAAAUCCUUAUGAGUAUGUAGAACCAGCUAGAACGUGUAGCCUAAAGCAGGACCAUGCAGAUACAGAAAUCCUGUGUCAGUUCAAAGCGUGCGAAAAAGGCAUUGCAAGCAUAUGUCCAUUCAAGGAAGAUCGGGCGUUUUUGCGAGAUAAUACAGGAAAAGAUAUAAAACUCAUCAAAGAGUCAGGAAAAGUUUUACGAUCCCUCACAACAAACACCAAAAAGAGCGACGUCGCAAUCACGUCAGAAGGUGUGGUACUCAUCUCUUGUCCGGAGUUAUUCUGUGUUAAAACGUUCUCCUCUGACGGAACAAUCCGCAAGCUUAUUCUGACUGAGGAUUUACAUCCAUACGGAAUAGGUGUUCAUUUUGACACAGACUCCAUCGUUGUGGCAUUGGUCGAUUCCUGGGAUUACAAUGUAAAUUCAGACAGCAAACGAUUUCUCAGGAAAUAUUCCAAGGAAGGGGAGACAAUUCAGACCAUUGAAAGUGUAACCAUAAACAAAACAUUGACAAACGGCAACAAACCCCUGAUUGUGUCCCCUUAUAAAGUUCGACUCAGUCAAUACACUGGGGACAUCGGUGUGGUGAACUGGACAGGACCAAACCAAGGAAAUGUUCUCGUGUUUGGUACUUACGGCACCCUGAAAUAUACCUACCCUCACAAAACCGAUGUAACCUUUGAACCUCAUGACAUCACAUUUGACUCACAGAAUCAGUCGGUUGUAGCUGACGCAGUCAGUCAACUCUUGCAUUUACUCAGCGCUGAGGGAGACCUCUUGCGAACUAUUUAUCAGUGUGACAACACCCCUUGGUCCCUGGGGUACUUUGGGCGGGGCAAACUAUGGGUGGGCCAGAGUGAUGGGACAGUGAGUGCCAUUAGAUACAAGUUCAGUAAAGACAAAAGAUAGCAGGAGUCAGUAAGGAAUUCAACGGAUCCAAUAUUUUCACCUUCAAUGAGAAUAUUUUAAAAGAAUCAAUAAAUGAAGGUUAUACUUAAAUGUUUAUUAAUUUUGUUUUUUGAUUUUUUUGGCUGGGGGGAUGUUUUAAAUUUAAGAAGGUUAGUCUUUAACUAUUUUCCUGAUUUUGCUGAUCACAAACAAAGAACAUUUAUGUUGCCAAUAUUUCAAAAGAAAUUAAUAAAUAACUGUUGUAUU